AUGACCUACCAUCCUCCUAAAGGCCAAGGAACGACCCUGAUCCUCAGCACACUAGUCACUUCUCAGCUCCUUGGAGGCUAUUCUGAAGGCAGGGGAGAUGCAACAUUCAGGAAUGUCCAAAUUCUCCUCCAAGAGGCCCCUCAAAAACAUCGAACACGGAGACAUGAUACUUCAGAAGAUGAGACCAAGGGACUUUUCACGGGGCUUCCUGGAAGGGAAUUCUCGGUCAUCCCAAACACCACCUUGCCUCUAGGGCCGCUGACCGCCUCGCUUCCCCCUAGCGACUACCGCAAGAAGCAGAAUGUCCUGCGGGCGCUGCAGAAGAAAGCGCUGGACAAGAACCCCGAUGAGUUCUACUUCAAGAUGACCCGUGCGAGGCUGCAGGAUGGCGUUCAUGUAAUUAAGCAGCCAAAGGAUGAAGUGACCCCUGAACAGGUGAAAGUGAUGAGGACACAGGAUCUCAAGUACGUGGAAAUGAAAAGAGUGGCAGAAGCCAAGAAAAUCGAAAGGCUGAAGUCAGAGCUCCAUCUCCUGGAUGCUGAGGGGAAGCAGCCCAACAAGCAUGUGUUCUUCUUUGAUACCAAAAAAGAAGUUCAAGAAUUUGACAUUUCAACUCAUCUGGAUACCGUUCCAGAGCUAGUAGAUAGAGUGUACAACCGACCAACCAUUGCAACAUUACAGAAAGAGACACUGAAAGGAGCUACUGAUCCUGCUCGCUUAAAGAAAUUAGCCCAACAAAGGAAGAAUCAGUAUGACCUCCUGAAGCAGCGUAUUGAGCGAGAAAAGACGAUGUUUGUUAUUGCACAGAAAAUCCAGACACGCAAAGAUCUUUUGGACAAAACUCAGAAAGUGAAGGUGAAGAAAGAGACAACAAAUGGUCCAGCUAUUUACAAGUUCAAACUUCAGCGGAAACGUUAACUGUUCCGUGAAAUAACUAAUGCUGCCGUCUUUGCUUAGAAGAAGGAGGAUUCUCCUUAUGAAGUACUGAUAUGCUGUCAAUAUCAGUCUGACUUCUGCUGCAGCCUAACACUUUGUCAAAACAAAUUACUGUGGGCCUUCUAUUAUCCAUAAACACAUUUUAUCUAAUUAAUGGAUUAAUAAAGAGUUUGUCCUCAUGCUAUUUACAUUGUAAACUUACAA